UUUUAAGAAAAUCAUUCUUCCCAUCAGCCCACCAACCUGGGAUGAUGUCCCCACUUCACAGAGGAAGAUACUACUGAGUCUCAGAGGCUCUCCCGGGCCCCAGCUUCCCCAGGAGCACCACCCUCCAGCUUCUCCCCCAGGAAAGCAGCCACAGACCCUGCCCAGCUGUGGUCCCUGGAGUGUUUACUGUGUCGGCUGGACCAGGCAGGCGGGGGCGGACAAAGUCCGGGGAAUAUAAAGGUCUGGCAGCAGCGUCCGGUCAGUCACAGCUCAGAGCACAAGGAGCACAGCUUUGCCCGGGCAGGGCCCCACGACACCGCGCUGCCUGCGAUGCUGUUGAUGCUGCUGACGCUCUCCUGGCUGCCGUGGGGAGGCGCCCUAUCUCUUGCCCAGGAGCACCUCCCGGUCUUCCCGGGACCCUCACACGCACACUCCGGUCCGAAUAUCUCCAGAAUCCAGGAGUUGAGGAAACGCUACGAAGAUUUGCUGACCAGGCUUCGAGCAAACCAGACGUGGGAAGACUCGAACCCUGACCUCAUCCCUGCCUCUCACGUCCAGAUACUCACCCCAAAGCUGAGACUUGGACCAGGCGGCCACCUGCACCUGCACCUGGGCAUCCCCUGGGCCAACCUGACUAAGGGGCUCCCCGCAGCCUCCCGCCUGCAUCGGGCCCUGCUCAGGCUGUCCCCGACGGAGUCGGGCUCGUGGGAUGUGACGCGGCAGCUGCAGCGUCAGAUCGGCUUCGGGGUCUCCCGGGAGCCCGCACUGCGUCUGCACUGCUACGAGCCCGUGGUGCUCCUGCACCGGGACAGCGAGGGCCGCGUGGCCCUCACGCCCUACGACGACCUCGUGGCCAGCGACUGCCACUGCUUGUGA